AUGUGCGGUCUCCCGCUCCAUCCUUGUGGUUCCUGCUUCGACUGUACUUCCGCGCCGGAGACCUUUCGGCAGUACUGCAGUCGCAUCGAAGGCCACGUCGGGGUCCAUGUUGACGGCUGCUUUGCGGAGUAUGUCAAAGUUGAUUCCCGGUCUACCGUGCUAAUUCCAGAGGCAAUCUCGUUCCUCAGUGCCGCGCCGCUGGCUUGUGCUGGGAGGACGGUCUGGAGGGGUGUGGUGCAGGCCGGGCUGAAGAAAGGCCAGUGGCUUGCUAUCGUUGGGUCAGGAGGCGGGUUGGGCCAUCUGGGGAUCCAAAUGGCCAAGGCUCUGGGCUUGCGUGUUAUUGGCAUCGAUGCGAGGGAUGAAGGAUUGGAGUUGACGAGAGCGAGCGGCGCGGAUGUGGUUCUUGAUGCGAGAAGGGGAAAGGAGGAUGUCUUGAAGGAGGCGCGGGAUGCCGCGAAUGGAGGGGAGGGUGUAGAUGCCACGCUCAACUUGUCUGAUGCGGACUCUGCUGCGGGGUUGGCGUGCGCGGUGACUAGGAUGCAUGGGACUGUGGUACAGAUUGCGCAGCCUGACGAGGUGAAGAUUCCGUUUCAGGAGUUGGUGUUUCGGGAUGUGAGGGUUAAGGGCAGUCUAUUGUGUUCGAGGGAGGAGAGUGUGGGCUUGAUGGAGCAUGUUGCGAAGAACGGGAUCACUCUCAAGACGAAUGUCUUUCAUGGGUUGGACAAGAUUCACGAGCUUGUUGAGCUUGUGCAUACGGGGAAGAUGAGCGGUAAGGCUGUUAUUGUGGUGGAUGAGCGGCAGAUGGAGCAUGAGAAGAAGCUUGGUGCAAGGUUCUGA